AUGGGCAAAAAGGUCACCUUUGCCAGCAAGAUGAGGGAAACAGCCAAGUAUGAGGUGCUUGGGGAAGGCGAAAAUAACGACGAUGAUAUCGAGAGCCUCGGAGGUGUGGAGCGGAAUUGUCACGAGCAGGCUGGAAGCUCGCCAACCUUCCCAUACCAAUGGAGCCAAGAUCGUGUCUUAUGGGACCAACAACUUCGCAAGAUUCAACGACUAGCUUGGGCGGAGGAAAUUGGGCAACCCGUCAAGUGGGCAAAGUACGACGACGAGACCGAUCCGCACUACUUCAAACCGGAUGUAUUUAAGAGCCUAGAAAGUGUGCAGGCUGCUGCGAGAGAUUUCAAAAUGCUGCACAAUGCAUCCAAUGUGAGAAUCAACGGAAAACACACCACCUAUAUGGACUUUGACGGCGCGCGGCGACCCCUCCCGGCGUAUGUUACCCGCAAAGGCUCGGAGCUUUACAGCAUUCGAGCUUUUCACCAGAUGCACUGCAUAUCGAUCAUUUUUGAGGACAUUGGUUACAGGGUGAACAACAGGACAUCAAAGUGGGAGACAGGCCAUGUCAUCCACUGUUUGAACACCGUGAGGUCAGCAAUAACAUGCCUGGCAGACGCCACACCAAUUUCUUACGUUCAUGGAAUGGGUGUUGGCCACACUACAGAUGACCAGCAGAGUCAUUGCAGAGAUUUCUUUGCAUUGAGGGAAUGGGCACAUGAUCCAGCACGUGCAGUGAAAUGGGUCAAUAUUGCACCGGAAGAUGAGAAAGAUAAAUAUCACGAGAUCAUAGAUUAA